AUGUCUUCUCUUCUCUCCAAGCCAUGGCUGCUUACUUUCAUGCAGGAUAAUUUGCAAGCAAUAUUGGAGAAGAAGGCUGAGAGUCAACCAAGUCCUGCAAAACACCGAAAUCUAGUUCAAAUAAUAGACCACAGCGAAAACCUUGAGGUUCGCCGUGUCCAACACAACGAUAUUUACGUUUUACACAUUUCCGAUGGAUUUCACUUCGUUACUGCUAGGAUUUCGUCCAAAUUUGUGAAGCGAUUCUAUAGACUUCAUCCUGACUAUUGUCCUCUCUCGAAACUUAGAGGAGCCAUCAUUCGCUUGGACUCUUAUUCGUUCAAUAUGGGUGGACCUAAUCAAACUCCAUGUUCUCUCCUUCUUAAUCGUUUUGAUUACAUUGGAUCUGCAUCCUCUGCCACAUUCCGAUCUCCCAAAAACACUCUCAAAAUUCUCUCUUCUUUCAUUUCUUCAUUUGCAUUGAUGCGUGAUGAUCAAACAACAAACAGCAACAAUCAUGAACAACAUAAACAUCACAUUCCACAUUGUUCUCCAAUAACAACGGUUCAAAACAACUUAAAUUCUAUUCCUGAAAUUGUGUCAAUAACGGACGAGAACGAGAGCUUAAGGCUCAUUGGCGCCAAAAAUAUAAAUCCAAACAAACAAAAAACGGCAACAGACGAACAAGACACUCAACAAAUUUUGGAAACCAACAAGACGAACGUUAACGGCAUUAAUACGAGUAGCAGCAUUAUAAUUCAGCAAUUUAACAACACAAAGAACAAUAACAGUACACUGUGGUCCAUUGAUCAUUUCAUUACAAUGAUGAUGAAUUCUACCAACAACAAUGCCUCUCGGGAAGAAACAAAAUCACAAACACCCGACAACAAUUCAAAACAGAAAGGAAGCGAGGAAAAAAUUAGCAAUGAUAUUAGCGUGAGUGUCUCUUCAGAACAAACAACUGCUCGCUCCGCUUACACAGGAGACUUCUUUCAAAACGAAGAAGAAAAUUGUUUGAUUUCUGCUUCACAGUUAGAACAAGUCAACAAUAUGGAAAUUCAAGGCUUCAACAAUUCCGAGUCGUUGAUGAUACCUCCUAAUCCUUCUCAAACGACUUUUACGUCAUCACAAUUUUCUUCUUUUUCUUCCAAGCAUGAAGGAGAGCCUUCUCUGGUUAGCAUCAACAACACCACAUCAAAAUUAUCAUCGACACCUCAACAUGCUGGCACAUCAAGCAAAAAGGGCAACUCUACUCCUUCUACUACUAUUAAUUCACCAAACAUACAAGAAGCACAUUCAGCUUCCACUCCAAAAGUUAAUCAACCCUCAAAGAACACACAAUCUUCUCCUCAAAUAGAAUCUCCAAAUAUUGUAUCGAGUGCUGUCACUCCAAAGCCUAACCACCUUCUUUCGCCUGCUUUGGGAAUGUCUGUCUCAACCCUUAAACACUUUGGAGCCAACGAUGCAUCUGAAGGAACCAUUGUUUUUACUUCUCAAUCUCAGUCACUCACGCCUAUGCGCAUUAAUCAAUAUCCCGUCAACACUCAACCUCUUCCACCAACUCCUGCUGAUAGCGAAAUUAAAACUUCAACGUCUUCUGCGGAGGCCUCCAUCAUACAAUCUCAAGUAAUUAGCGAUGGCGAUAGCAGCGAUGUUCUUGAUGAUGAAAAUCAAGCAGAAAUUGCAUUUUCUCAAAAGGCUAGCUCAGUUUUUUCUCCAUCAGCUUCAAGAUACAGAAAUAUGGCGUCUCCUAAUGUUUUUUUGCACACUCAAGCCGCAUCCCAAAAAUCGGAUGAUUUACCACUCACUCAGCUACCCCAAACAACUAAGCUCCCAAAUAAGCGACGACUCUUCAGAAGAGUGAAGACGUACUUAAACGACGUAGCCAACGAAUCGUCCGAUGAGGCACUUGAUGAAGAUGAAGGAUUUCCUCGAUCUCUAUUUAUGAAAGAUCCUCUCUUACUUGAAAACUUUGCGAUACAAAAUGUCAAGCAACGAACUGAAAGCUUUCAGAGCAUGAGAGAGAUUAUAGAAAGAAAAAACAAGGAAAUGAAAUCUGCAAAAAGAGUGGCCUCACACCGACCAAUAACAAAUGAGGAAAUGAUUGAUUACUUGCAAACAGAACCAGCCGAAGAGAGAAGAAAAAGCCAAACGGUACACAAUAAUGCCUCUCAUACAGAAAACGUUUCUAAACAAGCCGAGACAACCUCAGAAAACGUUAUUGAGGAAACUCCGUCUAAGAAGAUCAAGAUGAGUCCUCUCAACUCGUCUCAAAAGGAAAACAUAGCUCCAUUACCAUCUCCAUCGCUUCCUCAAUUUGCUAAACCAGUCGAUCAUGUAGCCACAGCAUCCAAUUCCUUGAUCGUCACUCCUACCACCACAUCCUCAGCCUCUCCAUCUUUGCCUGUACAAUCUACAACAACAAAGGAACAACAACAGAAUCACAACAACAGUUCAAAGCAUUCUGUGUCAAAGAAAGUCAAUUACAGAGCAUGGCUUGAUUUUAUUUAG